AUGAAUAAAGUUGAAUUGAACUUUGAAGAGUAUUGGAAAGUUCAGCAGCAAACGGUCCCCUCUCGUUCACCACGAGACGAAGAGGCGACCAAGUUGUUACCACGAUGUGAUUGUGUGGUGGCUGUGAAUACCGCUCCGGACGAUACUACGAUAUUUGCUUUGAACGCUCCGCUAGACAUUAUAUUGCCAUACUGUGACCAGCUCGUACCUACAGCUGCGCCGUCUGUUGGUAGAAUCUAUCAACUAGUGCAUCAUGAAGUCUUUCAUCGGCCCUUCAGCUACACUCUUAGUCUCUCCUUGUUCGCGCGCUGCCUGAACACAGCAGAAUCCUCCAUGCUCGACUGCCUCAAACCUCCUGGUAACACUGGCAACCUUCAAAAGUACACCCUAAAGUGCCUCGUCAUCUCUUAUUCCAGUCACGGUUACCCGCACUAUACCAGUAGAAAUACCGCAUCAAAGAAAAUCUCACAAGAUGUUGACGUUCAGAAAACAAAACCAGAAAAGAAAGCAUUGGCGGCCCAAAUAUCAUCCGGCAGAAAUCAAGAUGACACUCACUACGCAGCUGUUGAGACUAACACGUCACGCCCAGGUGAUUCGCCGUCAGGGAACUCAAAGAAACUGCUGAACCGGAGAAGAAACAUAAGUGAGAAUCGAAUUGCAGACAGAACUCAGACCAAUAACGCUGAACGGAACGCUAUUUUAUCCCGUAUGCGAAACCAGAGCGAGAAUCUGAGAACCAUCAAAAUAUUCAAACCUACUGGAAGGAAACUGGCCUUCAAGAAUGAAGAAGAUCGCUUGUUAUUUGAAAAACAGCGGACUGUGAUCUACGCUCUAAAUGCGAUCAUGCGUGACGCCGAGCAUGCCAACUACGAGGCAUUUAUCCAAAGCAAGCACGACGCCAAAGAAUGCUGACAGAAACGGGAAAAUUUUCCUCCUUAUUCUUGCCAUGUAAACCAGCUAUAAAAUUGUAAAUUCAGGCAUAUUUUCUUAUCGCUC